UGUAAUGACAGGGAGAAGGGAUGGCCUAUAUUCAAUCGCAAGCGAAGCUGUGAAUCUUCUACCUGCUGCUGAAAUUUCAGUGACUGAUUCUAUUGCAUUAUUUGCAAGUCUAGGAAUUGAUGUUCCAGACAUGGUUACUCUCAUUGGUUCUCACACAGUAGGGGUUUCACAUUGUUCUGCCUUCCAAGAUCGUCUCUACAAUUACAACAACACAGGAAAGGCUGAUCCAACUAUGGAUCGUGGUCUACUUAACUCACUAAAAGGGACAUGUCCCCAGAACGCAACAAAUGACAACUUAGCUAAUUUGGAUCAGAACCCUUUGAGUUUUAACAUUGUAGACAACUCCUUCUUCAUGCAGAUUCAGAACAAUAAAGGAGUUAUAGGAAUUGAUCAAGAGAUAAAUCAGGACAAGAGAACUAAUGUCACAGUGCAGCUGCUAGCCAAUGAUAAUGUGAUCUUUAAUGCACAAUUUGCUGCUGCCCUUGUUAAAUUGGGAGCUGUAAAUGUACUUUUAGAUCCUUUGGGAGAGAUUAGGACUUCGUGUCGAUCGACUAAUGGCGCUCCUGCCCCUCCACCAGGUCGGCGUUAACCUAUUAUAAUCUUUGUCAGUCUGAAAAUCUGAGUCUAUGAAAUCCAGGUUUGAUCGGAAUCAUAGAUCAAGAAAUAAUCCUUAUUCUUUUUAAAACAUUUUUUAUUUUUUAUUUUUUAUUUUUUUCCAUUUUAGGGUUUUUGGAUGUGUCUCAUCUGCAUUCUGCAAAGUGGAAGUGAACAGAAAUUCAUUUCUAUUGUAAAAGUUCAGUUUGGGCAAUUUGUUGAGCCCUAAAGUGUUUAAGCAAAUUAAUAGCAAUUUAGAGGA